UAUGAUCUGUCUAUAUCCAUAAUAACACAACUUGUCACUCAAUAAGAACAAGGAAAAUGAUGCUCAUCUCUUUCUUUUGCGUGCUGGUACUAUCGUAAGAUAAAGACAGUAUGAUUCUCUCUGUCUGUGUUUGAAAUAAGACAGUCCAGAGCUAAACUAUACAUUGCCAACUACACGUGCAGUGCAACGAUUUCAACCGAUCGAUCAUAUACCGCAAUGUAUAAAAUUGUAUGCGAUAUCGGUGUGGUUUGUAGACAGCUUUAAACAACCUCAAUAUUAGCUACCAUAGACAAUAUUAAUAUUGCAAGUGAUUGCAAGCGAAAACACUGACCUUUUCGUUUUCGGCAGAGAGUAUAUUUUCGUUUCGAUUUGACGUUCUUAUCUUUAGCGACUUUAGCAUUUUACGGUGAUUCCUUUUGCAUUGCGGAUAGUGCGUAAAUAAAAACAUAAUUGUAAUAUGAAAGUUUGGUUUCUAGAGAAAUAAUGAUAUCCAAUCGAUUCAGGAAUAAUGAUUGGCCAAGUUACUGUUAAGCUUCGUGUCCAUCAAGUGUAACAGAUUCUAAAAUUAGAUGGAGUCUCGGCGCAUUUAGGAUUAAACAAUGCCGAAGGUGCCGUACAAGUCGUCGGAGCAACCUGCUCGGGACGACGAGGAUUACGAGAUCGUGUCGUUUGAGGACUUCUGCGACAAGUCCCCGGGAUCGAAAACAGAUUUAUUGACGUUGAACGACAAUAUCAACUAUCGCAUUUGCUACGAGGGCGAGAAGCCCGUGAAAUUUGUGGAUGAUGAUGGUGGGACGUCCAGCAGAGAUUUGGAGCAGCUGGAAACCUCCCUGAACGGCUCUAAGGUCAGCUUCAAGGAGCGGUUGUCAAAUUUUGCGCCUUUUGGGAAAGCGUCGAAGACCACUAGAGGGUCUCCGUUCAGUGGAGUUAUACCGAAAGCUCGGGCUGAAAGUGACUCUCCUAGGGAGCAUAGAUACCAGCGUUUUUCAUCUCGACGCAACAUCUGCCAGCGCGUCUGCGACGGCCUGCCGUGCUAUGGGUCUGGGCUCAUAUUGGUUAUAAUUGUAUGCGCGCUGUGCGCCGGCGCGUGGUGGGCCGUGUGCGGCGCAGUGGGCGGCGCGUGGGGCGAGGAGCACUACAGACGAUUGUGGGAGCGAGCACACCCGGAUAACGUGAAGAAACCACCCACUCCAAUCACGUAUGAAAAGAUAUUGCCGGAAUUCCGCUACCACGACCAUAACAACCUGAGCACGAAGAACAAGCUGAACGCGACCGAACUGUCUAAAAAGAAGCCCGAUCUGUACAAGAAGGCGUACACAGAGCGCCCGCCCGAGGUUAUGAGCGACAUCUGCGCGCAGAUCGAGGAUAAUAUGAGGUUCGACUGUUUCCCGCAAGACGGCGCUAAUGAGAAGGACUGUGUGCAAAGAGGUUGUUGCUGGCUCCCAGCGAAAACCCAAGGCGCGCCAUACUGCUACUACCCUCCACAAUACGACACAUACCGUUUCGCGAAUAUGACCGAAACUAAGCACGGUGCAACCGCGUACUACCAGCGCAUGCGGCCUUCCGGCUACCCCGCCGACUUCGAAAUAGCCAGGAUGGACUUUAAGUACCUGUCUGACGAUGUUCUCCAAAUCAAGGUUGGUUGUGACUGCUGUAAUUAUACCCUGCGUCUAAUUUGGGCAACGCGUCAGUGCCACAUAUUCUGUAUACCUACUACUACUGCCCUCCGCAAUACGAUACAUACCGUUUUGCGAACACGCAUGCGGCAUUCUGGCUACCCCGCCGACUUCGAAAUAGCCAGGAUGGACUUUAAGUACCUGUCUGACGAUGUUCUCCAAAUCAAGGUUGGUUGUGACUGCUGUAAUUAUACCCUGCGUCUAAUUUGGGCAAUGCGUCAGUGCCACAUAUUUUGUAUACCUACUACUACUGCCCUCCGCAAUACGAUACAUACCGUUUCUCAAACAUUACCGAAACUAAGCACGGUGCAAACAGGAUACUACCAGCGCAUGCGGCCUUCUGGCUACCCCGCCGUCUUCGAAAUAGCCAGGAUGGACUUUAAGUACCUGUCUGACGAUGUUCUCCAAAUCAAGAUCUAUGACGCCGAAAACAAGCGCUUCGAACCCCCGUACCCUGAAAUACCGAUGGUCCCCGAACCUAUCUCCAACCUCAAGUACCGCGUGCAGAUUGAGAGCGCCACCGUUGGCUUCAAGGUCAUAAGGAAUUCAGAUAACGUCACACUUAUAAACACUCAAGACGUCGGCGGCCUCAUCCUAUCCGACAAAUUCCUCCAACUGUCAGCCAUACUACCCUCUUCUCAAAUAUACGGCCUCGGCGAGCGGCAGUCCCGGUUCAAACUCGACAUGAACUGGAAGACGUAUACUAUGUUUAACUACGACGCCGCGCCUACUGAGAACACAAACUUGUAUGGGACGCAUCCGUUCUACUUGAAUCUGGAGCCGAACGGGAACAGCCACGGCAUGCUUCUGCUCAACUCUUACGCCAUGGACGUAAUACUCCAACCAGCGCCAGCUAUAACGUACCGCGCGACGGGCGGCGUGCUGAGCCUGUUCCUGCUGGCCGGGCCGGCGCCCGCGGAGGUGGCGGCGCAGUACGCGGCGCUGGUCGGCCGGCCCGCCAUGCCGCCCUACUGGGCGCUCGGCUUCCAUCUCUGCAAAUACGAUUACGGCAGUUUGAACGUGACUCGAGAUGUGUGGCAGAAAAAUAGAGAUGCUGGCAUUCCUUUUGAUGUCCAAUGGAACGAUCUGGAUUACAUGAACAACUCGAACGAUUUCACGUACGACAAGGUCAAAUACGCCGGUCUACCAGAGUUCGUGGAUGAACUGCAUAAAGACGGGAUGCACUACGUCGUGCUUAUAGAUCCCGGUGUGAGCGCAGGCGAGGCACCCGGCGACUACCCUCCAUUUGACCGCGGCGUGGAAUUGGAUAUAUUUAUUAAGAACUCGACCAAGCAACCUUUCAUUGGCAAGACGUGGAACAAAAUCUCGACGGCGUAUCCCGACUUCACGCACCCCAGCGCCACCGCUUAUUGGGUGGAGAUGAUGACAAGCUUACACAAGGAAAUACCUUUCGAUGGAGCUUGGAUUGACAUGAACGAGCCGUCCAACAUACUAUCCGGCCCUCUCCACGGCUCCUGCGCUCCAGAGGACCUCCCCUACAAGCCGCAUACAACAGGAGCCGACGGUCUCCGCACCAAGACCAUUUGUAUGGACGCACAACACUACGCCGGCACCCAUAGAGAUUGGCACAACUUGUACUCGCUCACUGAAGCCGUCGCAACCGACUUCGCGCUAACAGAGAUCCGCGGCAAGCGUCCCUUCAUAAUUUCCCGCUCGACCUUCGUAGGCUCCGGGCGCUACGCGGGCCACUGGAGCGGCGACGUGUUCAGCGAGUGGCACGACAUGGCUAUGAGCAUACCUGAAAUCCUAAGCUUCAGCCUGUUCGGCAUACCGAUGAUGGGCGCCGACAUCUGCGGCUUCAACGGCGACACCACCGUCGAGCUGUGCAAACGCUGGAUGCAGCUCGGGGCUUUCUAUCCCUUCUCACGGAACCACAACUCUGAUCGGUCUAUCCCUCAAGAUCCAGUGAGCCUCGGCCCUGAGGUCGUAGAAGCAAGCAAGCAGGCUCUACGAACUCGCUACCGACUCUUGCCGUACUACUACACAUUAUUCUGGCGCGCUCACGUAGCCGGGGAAACUGUGGCUAGACCCCUGUUCUUUGAAACACCCGAUAACCCAGUGACCCACGACAUCGACACCCAAUUCCUGAUAGGCCCGUACAUCAUGAUAUCGCCCAUCCUGGAGCAGGGCGCCCGCACUACCCGCGCCUACUUCCCCGGCGCCUGGUACAGCCUGCAGGACGGCACCAUGCUGGCGCACGACCAGUGGAACAAGCUGGACGAGAACCAGACGGUAGCUGUCCGGGGUGGCGGCAUCAUUCCGCUCCAAGAGCCGCCUGCAGGCGCGGUCACCACGCAGCGCGCGCGCUCCAUGCCGCUGCAGCUGCUGGCGGCGCCCGCGGCGCGGCGUGCGAGGGGACUACUCUACUGGGACCACGGGGAUACACUCAGUGAGUCAAUAGCUACAUACAAGAGCCGCCUGCAGGCGCGGUCACCACACAGCGCGCGCGCUCCAUGCCGCUGCAGCUGCUGGCGGCGCCCGCGGCGCGGCGUGCGAGGGGACUACUCUACUGGGACCACGGGGAUACACUCAGUGAGUCAAUAGCUACAUACAAGAGCCGCCUGCAGGCGCGGUCACCACGCAGCGCGCGCGCUCCAUGCCGCUGCAGCUGCUGGCGGCGCCCGCGGCGCGGCGUGCGAGGGGACUACUCUACUGGGACCACGGGGAUACACUCAGUGAGUCAAUAGCUACAUACAAGAGCCGCCUGCAGGCGCGGUCACCACGCAGCGCGCGCGCUCCAUGCCGCUGCAGCUGCUGGCGGCGCCCGCGGCGCGGCGUGCGAGGGGACUACUCUACUGGGACCACGGGGAUACACUCAGUGAGUCAAUAGCUACAUACAAGAGCCGCCUGCAGGCGCGGUCACCACGCAGCGCGCGCGCUCCAUGCCGCUGCAGCUGCUGGCGGCGCCCGCGGCGCGGCGUGCGAGGGGACUACUCUACUGGGACCACGGGGAUACACUCAGUGAGUCAAUAGCUACAUACAAGAGCCGCCUGCAGGCGCGGUCACCACGCAGCGCGCGCGCUCCAUGCCGCUGCAGCUGCUGGCGGCGCCCGCGGCGCGGCGUGCGAGGGGACUACUCUACUGGGACCACGGGGAUACACUCAGUGAGUCAAUAGCUACAUACAAGAGCCGCCUGCAGGCGCGGUCACCACGCAGCGCGCGCGCUCCAUGCCGCUGCAGCUGCUGGCGGCGCCCGCGGCGCGGCGUGCGAGGGGACUACUCUACUGGGACCACGGGGAUACACUCAGUGAGUCAAUAGCUACAUACAAGAGCCGCCUGCAGGCGCGGUCACCACGCAGCGCGCGCGCUCCAUGCCGCUGCAGCUGCUGGCGGCGCCCGCGGCGCGGCGUGCGAGGGGACUACUCUACUGGGACCACGGGGAUACACUCAGUGAGUCAAUAGCUACAUACAAGAGCCG